AUGGGUCGAGUUAAGCUCCAGAUAAAGAGGAUAGAGAACAACACCAAUCGCCAGGUGACCUUCUCCAAGCGUCGAAAUGGCCUCAUCAAGAAGGCCUACGAGCUAUCCGUCCUGUGCGACAUCGACAUCGCUCUCAUCAUGUUCUCCCCCUCCGGACGCCUCAGCCAUUUCUCCGGACGAAGAAGGAUCGAAGACGUACUUGCUAGAUACGUGAAUCUCCCAGAGAACGAUAGGGGAGGGGUGGUCCAGAAUCGAGAGUUCGUGAUUAACACAUUGAAAAAGCUCAAGUGCGAGAACGACACGGCUGCCCUCGUCAAUCCUGGGGUGGUCAACUCCAACGCAGAGGAGCUUCAACAGGAGAUUUGUCGGUAUCAACAACAGCUACAGCUUAUGGAGCAACGCUUAAGGUUUUUUGAACCUGAUCCUCUUAGCUUCACAUCCAUCACUGAUCUCGAGUCAUGCGAAAAGUUCGUCAUGGAAGCAUUGCAGCGUGUUACGGCAAGAAAGGAAUAUUUGCUGAGUAAUCAUCUGUCCCCGUAUGAUCCCUCAACUACAAGCAUGCAGAUGUACCUGCAGCCGCAGCAGGAACGACUGCCCAACCCAUACGGGAACGAGAUGGUGCAGUGGGUCCCGGAG